AUGGCCCCCAUCAAUUCAGAAGAACAUACAAAGCGCCAGCUGUCUAAAGUUCCCCAAGAUCUGUCUGACGAUGAGCUUGCGGAUGUAGAACCAUCAUGGCAAUGGAUCUACAACUCUACCACAACGACCGAGCGAGGUGACGGAACACAGAGCGAUAGAAAACGAAGAAAGGUGACAGGCGACAGGAUUGUCGGGGCAAGGAUUGGCCAAUUUGAAUGCAAAAUUGGAGACACUGUCAUGCUCAAAGCUGAUGGCUCUAAUGAGGCCUGGAUCGCCUUGAUCUGCGAAUUUGUUGAAGACGAUGGCGAGGGAGAGAAAGCAGCAAACUUUAUGUGGUUUUCGAGUGAAAAGGAGAUUCGAAGUAGGGACAAGAAACGAUCCGAUUACUACCCAAAUGAACUCUAUAUCUCUCCAUCAUGGGAUAUCAACCCCCUGGCAUCGAUCAACGGCAAAGCUAAGAUCAUGUCUCAAGAUGGUUUCCUUACGAGAUACCCCCAGGGUAAGGUUCCUCGAAAUGAUCCAGACUUCGAUGAAUUUAUAUGGGAGGAAAUAUAUGGGGGUGAGAAUGAUUUGUUCGCCUUGAUGGAUAGGGUCAAGACCGGUACAAAAGUCACACGACGUCGUCGAAAGGCUCGGAGUCCAUCACCCUCUGAUGAUACUUACCAUCCUGCUCAAAUCCCGCAGACACCAACCAAAACAGGACGGGGCUCGGUAGCUGCUACGCCAACUUCACGAAGGAGCCAAGCCACACCAGGCUCUCGUGUCAAAAGGAGUGCAAGCAAGAGACUUGAGUUUACGCCUUUGGCCACGCGCAAACUGUCGCCCAGUCAAGUUGAAUCUUCACCUUUCCAGAUAGCACGAUCUCGCCUGCAUGUCUCGUCGGUCCCAACCAGUCUUCCUUGUCGGGAAGGAGAAUUUUCUUUGGUUUAUUCUCAUCUUGAAGCAGCUAUUUCCGAUGGCACAGGUAACUGUAUUUAUAUUUCUGGAACACCUGGAACAGGGAAAACAGCAACGGUCCGCGAGGUCGUCUCCAGGCUCGAAGAAGCUGUAGGCUCUGAUGAGCUGGACGAUUUCAUAUUCGUGGAGAUCAAUGGUAUGAAGAUCACGGACCCUCACCAAUCCUAUACUCUUCUCUGGGAAGCCCUUAAAGGGGAGAGAGCCAGUCCAGCGCAGGCUCUUGAUCAUCUGGAACGAGAGUUCAGCAACCCUAGCCCUCGCCGAAUUCCCUGCGUUGUACUCAUGGAUGAGCUUGACCAACUAGUCACAAAGAAUCAGGCCGUCAUGUACAACUUCUUCAACUGGCCCACUUUACGACAUAGCCGUCUUAUUGUACUUGCAGUUGCAAACACCAUGGACCUCCCUGAAAGAACCCUCAGCAAUAAGAUCAGCAGUCGACUAGGUCUUACACGUAUCACAUUCCCUGGUUACAAUCACGAACAACUGAUGAAGAUCAUCCAGUCACGACUAGAAGGUGUUCCUGGAAAUAUCGUAGAUCCGGACGCUAUACAGUUCGCCAGCCGAAAGGUAGCCGCAGUCAGUGGUGACGCCCGGAGAGCCCUUGACAUAUGCCGCCGAGCUGUAGAGCUCGCCGAGGCCGAUGCUCCUAGUGAUCCUGCAACUCCAAGCAAGCGAGACAGUCAAGCGCAACCCAAAGGUUCAGGUCGUGUUACGAUUGCGACAAUCAAGAAGGCUAUCAACGAGGCAACCACUAAUCCCAUCCAACAACACCUUCGAAGCCUGCCUUUGAUGUCCAAGCUUGUCAUGGCAGCUCUUUUGCUGCGAAUUCGAAGAACAGGUCUUGCCGAGACAACCUUUGGGGAUACUCUCGAUGAGAUACACCGUGCCUGCCUUCGAGCUCCAGCAGCGCUUCCAGGUGUAGCAGCAGUUCUCAAUAAUGGCCUGAAAGGGACGCAGAUAGGAAGUCAGCGCCCAAUGACCAGACCCGGUCACAUUCACAUAGCGGCGCUCGAAUUAGUAGCAGCCGGCCUGAUUAACCUUGAAGCUCAGCGUGCAGAGAGAUCCAGUAAGCUCCGUCUUUCUAUUGCAGACGAUGAAGUGAAGAUGGCCCUCCGUGAUGACGGAGACCUUAAGGCUUUGGGUAUCGGUGUAUAA